UCCGGCGCGCCUGUCCGGCGAGUCGCAGUCCGGGCACCGGCUGCUGAGGAUGCGAUCCCGGGCGAGGGAUGGGGGAGCGAGCGCAGGAGCGGCGGAGCGGGGCCGGGGCGGGGGCUCGCUCCCCGCCGCCUGCCCUUAGCCUGUGCCACGGCUUGCUCGCCGCCCUCUGCGCCGCCGCCUACUGCAACGGGCUGCCCGGCGAGCUGGUGCACGACGAUGUUUGGGCGAUCGUCAACAACCCCGACCUGCGAGCCUCCGCCCCGCUCCGGGGCAUCUUCUCCAACGACUUCUGGGGCAGGAGCAUGAGCGACAGCAGCAGCCACAAGUCCUACCGUCCCCUCUGCAUCCUCACCUUCAAGUUAAACAUCCUGCUGGGUGGCAUGACCCCGCUGUACUUCCACAUGGUCAACGUGGGCCUGCACUGCGCUGUGACCUCACUGUUACUCCACACGUGUGACAAAGCCGUGUUCCGGGACAGGCGCCUCGCAUUCUUCGCUGCUCUGCUCUUUGCCGUGCACCCUGUCCACACUGAAGCUGUAACGGGAAUCGUGGGGCGAGCUGACGUAUUGGCAUGUGUGCUCUUCCUGUUGACCUUCCUCUCCUAUCUCAGGAGUGUGAAUUGUAAUUACAUUGGGGAAAACUUUCCACCCACCAGCUCACCAGUCUACCUGUUGCUGAGUUUGUUCCUGGGGACCUGUGCGAUGUUAGUCAAAGAGACUGGAAUCACUGUCUUUGGAGUGUGUCUUGUCUACGAUCUCCUUAUUCUGUGCUCCAAAAGACUUCUGAUAAACCUCUCGGCUGACAGGAUCAAAGGAAUCCUCAAAGUCUCUGCGCCAUACCUAAAGAGAGCUGUUCUUGUAACCAUCUAUGUGCUCCUCAUUCUGUUUUUCCGAGUAUGGAUCAUGGCCGGCUCCAUGCCCAACUUCUCAGAGCAGGACAACCCAGCUUCGUUCUCCCCUUACCUCCUCACCAGGUUCCUCACCUACUCUUACCUGCUGACCUUCAAUGCCUGGCUGCUGUUGGCACCUAUUACCCUCUGCUACGAUUGGCAAGUGGGGAGUAUUCCUCUGGUGGAGUCUAUGUGGGACGGGCGGAAUGUGGCGACCGCAGUGUUUGGUCUGGGCAUGGUCCUUCUGAUCCGGAACUGCCUCCUCUCUAUCCUGAAGCAGGAGCACAGAGAGGUGUUGGUGGGUUUGCUUUUCCUGGUCUUUCCAUUCAUUCCAGCCAGCAACCUCUUUUUCCGAGUGGGGUUUGUGGUGGCAGAGCGGGUUCUGUACAUGCCCAGCAUGGGAUACUGUAUCCUUGUGGCCCACGGACUGAACCGACUGUGCGGAGUCGUCAGUAAAUGGGGAGCCAGUGUCGUCACCGUGUCCACCUUGCUCGUGCUUGGACUGUUCUUCUGGAAGACCCUGAGACAGAAUGAGGUGUGGCUCUCCAGAGAAUCUCUGUUCAGAUCUGGAGUACAGACUUUGCCUCUUAAUGCCAAGGUGCACUACAACUAUGCCAACUUCCUGAAAGACCACGGUCGCCAUGACGAAGCAGUAUAUCAUUACAAAACAGCUCUGAGGCUCUACCCUCGACAUGCCAGUGCACUGAACAAUCUUGGCACAUUGACCAAGGAUGUGUCGGAGGCAGAAGACCAUUACAGACAGGCCUUGAAACUGAACCCGCAGCAUAACCGAGCUCUCUUCAAUCUGGGCAACCUUCUGAAAUGUCAGAAGAAGCUGCCUGAAGCUGAACAGUUGCUGCGUGACUCCAUCAGAUCUGGUCCUCAGUUUGCCGAUGCCUACUCCAGUCUUGCAGCUUUGCUGGCUGAACAGGAGCGAUUUGAAGAGGCUGAUGAUGUAUAUGCGCGAGGAAUUGAAAACUGUCCUGAGAACUCCGACCUACACAACAACUAUGGUGUCUUCUAGUUGAUAGAGGUAAGAGAUGGGAACGGGGCCUCUGGGCAUUACCUGCAUGCCAUCCGGCUAAAUCCUAAACACUAUGUUGCCAUGUUGAAUCUUGGUCGGCUGCUGCGUUCAGCCAACAAGAACAAAGAGGCCGAAACCUGGUAUAAACGAGCGCUUGACGUUACCAGGACUGUGGAUGUUCUGUCUCCACUGGGAGCUCUGUACUACAACACAGGGAGGUAUGAAGAGGCCUUGCGGAUCUACAAGGAAGCUAUCACAAUGCAGCCCCAAAACAGCGAGCUGCGACUGGCAGUGGCACAGGUCCUGUCCGUGGCCGGCAGAGCCAGAGAGGCUGAGAGGCUCAUCAACCAGGUGGCAAGUGAAAGGAGCAACUGCCUGGAGUGUCAGCGACUCUUGUCCGUUAUCCACAGUAAAAGGGGGAACUUGAAGGAGGCACUUGAAGCUGUGAAGAAGGCCGUCCAAAUGAAGCCCAAAGACCCAAAGGUUCUUGCAGAACUUUAUUUUUCUGAAGGAAAUCUUCUGAGGGAGCUGAAUCGGCUGGAUGUGGCUUUUGAGAGCUACAAGCAGGCAGUGGAGCUGAGUCCAGAUCUGUCACAGGCUUGGAUGAACAUGGGCGGGAUCCGACAUAUAAAGGGGGACUACGUCGCGGCACGUGGCUACUACGAGAAAGCCCUGGAGCUGGUGCCGAACAGCAAGAUUCUGCAAGAAAACCUCAGCAAGCUGGACCGCCUGGAGAAGAGGUCGCAGGCAGCCAGCAAGGCCGAGCAGAGUCCUCGGGACCAAGGCACAAGGUGACGGAGGACAUUUGCUCCUGACUUUUACAUGGCACAGCAAGAGGUGAAGGUACUUUGGUGGCUCUUGCGAUGUCCUUGAUGACUAAAACAACAAAGGUGUCUGCCUACUAUGAAGAAAACCAGGAGGUAUUGAUCGUAUUAUAGCUGGUGUUUGCCAAGACUGAUACACGUCCAAAAGUCUCCACUGCUUCAAGCUUCUGCAGUCUGGGGUCCACCUUCUCAGACUCUUAUCUGGUGAUGCUCAACAUGACCAAGACACUCUGGGAUUUAAUGUAGAACCAGUUAAUUUAGCCUUCCUUUCAAUGGCUCUUGUAUUUUGUGUGUGGCAGGCUCUGAAACAGCCUAAUAUAAUGCCCAGAAGGAAAAUUUACCAAACCAAAUCUUUUAGUCAGUAACAAGCUAAAAGUAAAAGAAAUCCACUGUAGAUUAUUUUGUUCCUGCUUGAAUCAAAGCAAGCUGACCAACAGGUGUCUGAGGCUUUCCAUUGCCUUAUGUGGUGUAAUCUUACUGGGACUUCUUUGUGAAUAGCAUGCAAUGAAAACAGUCAGGGCACAGUGUUAGUCACAAGGCAUUGGUUAUUGAUUUCAGUGUACAGUGUGUCUGUGUUGAUCCUCAGAUUAUUUUCUUGUUUGAAAAAGUCAACAUGAAAUGUUAGGAGAGACCCACAAUCAAACACUAGCGAGGUAGAUCACAAAGGCAGAAAAGGGCAAGUUUCAUUUUAAAUAUUGAGACUCGACAGUCUGCUUCCUGUGAAGAUGCUUCCCAUGGGUUAGAGUUUGUUCAUCUGAUCCUGUGGAGCUCUGAGGAUCAGUGAGUCAUUGACUUAAUGUCAGCACUUGGACUUGUGCCAGUGCCUGCUUCCUGUUUAAUCCAGGAUGACAUCCAUUUAAGGUUGCUGGGAGUAACAUCCUGAUGGGGCACUGGAGGAGAAAAGUCUGGAAUUAUUUAAGAUAAAAUGUGGAAACUGAUAGGUAUAUUUGGGUGAAUGCAUAAUGUCAAACCAAAUGGUCUUCCUGAUCUUACCUGCCUUUGAUAAAGGGGAUCACUAUCUCUGAUUGUCUGCUCUUGUACUGGCAGAGCUAUUAUUGAUGUUCUCUGUUGACCUGCCAGUUUGAGUUUUCUCUUGUAGAACACACGCAAAGAAUUACUGAUUACAAUUUGAACUUUAAGAACCACAGCAAGUUUUUUUAAUGGGAUAAGCUUACCCUCUGGGCAAUUGCUUACUAAUCUGCCUGUUCAUGCAGAGAUAGGGUUAAUGGCUGGAGAUGCAACUUGCAUGGUUCAGUGUUUACUGUCCCAGUGUGCGGCUGGGGCAGUGUAAGUGGAUUGGGUUGGCUGCAGUGACCCCAUUUCUUAAACUUUGAAUGGGCAAGGGGCAGGGCUUCCAGAAGGUAGCUGGUGCCUACAGAACUGUGCCAGGGCAAAUGGCCAGUUUCACGAGAGAAAUGAAGAAAAUGGACAAACCUGUUUCAUUGAAAAGGGGGAAAGUUCACGGCCUGGAUUUCUUUUGAAAUAUUAGGAACAUCUCACAUGUAGUAAAUAGGUUUGUUUUCAAUUCUCUCUAAGUUCUGGCAAGAUUGAAAUUAAGAUCUGUUGACAUUCUUAUUCUUUCAGUGAUCCUUUUAAUACUGGUUGAAACUGGAAUUAUAGGCACAGAUUAGAAAUGGCACAGUGACAUUGUGGAAGUGAACAAUGUUUGCGGGUCUCCAGUCUCCUCUUCGUCACUUUCCCCUCCAUGACUGAUCUACCCAGUCAUAGGCUGUUCUCCACACUUAGCCCUCCAGCUACUGUUAGUGUCUCAGACUGCCCUUCUGGUCUACAAAUCCAGGCAAGUUUAUUUGGAGUCCUAUCAGCCAUUUGUACAAGAGCACAUAUUGUAAUCUUAACAUUGUGAUGAGAUUAAAGUGGCAACAAUUGAAAUAUUAAUCAAUUGGCAGGUGAACAAAUGACUAUUGUUGGGUCAUGUUGAAGUUAUAUUUCUUAUUUAAUCUGAAAGUUUUACCUAUGAUUCCUGUUGUUCAGACUCCAGUUAUACUGCAAAACUGUUUUCAGUAUUUCUAUUUUUACAUAAGAUGUAUAAUUUAUUUAUAAAAAAGUAUUAAAGCCAUAAUAUAUUUCAUUAUUGCUACAUUGUAUAUAUUAAAUGCACUGACUAUAUUGAUUUUAAAUGCAAACAUUUUAUAAAACUGAAAUGUUAAGCAUCACAAGAGACUGCAGAUGCUGUCAUUUGCUGAUUCAAAAACCAAACUGCUGGAGGAACUCAGUGGGUCAGGCAGCAUCUGUGGAGGCAUUUCGGGUCGAGACCCUGCCUCAGGUCUCUCUGUGAUCUGUGAUAAGCAUCGCUACUUUGGGAGCCUGAGUACAGUGUGAAGGUUGUUGGGGACUGGGUUCAAAUUAUUCAUUCUAAUUUUAGGUGAGACUCCCUCCCCCCCCCCACCCCCCUCCCCAUCUAUCCCUAUAACUGAUAGAAGCAGCGUUUCAUUCAGUCUGUUUGGGAAUAUGUACCAGUUCACAGUUAUCAAGUAUUACAGGCUAAUUCACUUCACUUCCAAUUUUGACUUUGUCUGGCCAUCCGCUGGAAAUAUACCGCAGUGCAACACAUUAAAGUUGGUGUUAAUUUCAAAUCCAUUAACUGGAAGACAUUUAGAAAAUAGAUUUAUGAAAAUAAUGCAAAGCUAAUUGUGUAGAGGUGGUUGUUGAAUUUACGUAAUGAAGCAGACUGCAUAAUUAAGAACUAUUGAUAUUAAUGCUGCUGUGUACAUUAAUAAUGGAGAACCAUGGUUAGCAGUUGGAACUUGACGGCUGGUGAAUGGAUAGGGUGCAGAAAUUACAAGGGUGAGACCAGAAUUGCAAGGGUAUUCAGGCAGCACACUGCUGUUCCAGGGGCCCAGAUUCAAUCCUAACCUUGGGUGCUGUCCGUGUGGAAUUUUCACAUUCUCCCCAUGACUGCAUGAGAUGCUUCACUUCCCCCAGUAUCCCAAAGAUGUGCUGGCAGGGUAAGGUGACUAAAUCAUCCCCUCGUGCAAGUAAGUGGUAAAAGAGUCAAAGUUGAUGGGCAUGUGAGAGAGGGGACAUUGUAGGGCUGCAGGGAAAAUAAGGAGAGGAGGAAUCAGUAUCCACAUCAGAAGAGGAUGAACAAAUUGGAUCUCUUUUCUCUUGAGAAAAUGUGGCUCAGAGGUAAUGUAGUAAAGAUCUUUAAAACAUUGAAAGGUAUUGAUAGUAUGAAUAGGGAGAAUGUUUCCAUUCAUGGGAUGAGAGUAUAACCAAAGGCCGUCAUCUUCAAAUGGUAACCAAGAAAUCCCAUAGGGAAUUCAGCGAUGAGAAUGUGGAACUUGCUGCCACUAGGUGUGUUUGAAGUGAACAGCAGAGGUCCAUUUAAACAGAGGCUGGACAAGCACAGAAGGAGGAAGGGAAUAGAAGGUCACACUAAAGGGCUUGAAUGAGGAAAGAUGGAGAAGGUCUGAGUGCACAUAAGUGCCGACAUAGGCCACUCGGCCCAACCAGUCUAUCCCUGUGCUGCGUAUCCUGAGUACUACAAUGAAAUCUGCAGUAUCUAAUUUACCUUUUCUUCCAAAGUUGAUGGUUUGUUAAUUCCAGCUUAAUAGUAUUAUUUACUCAGUUACUGCAAAGGAAUUUAAAUCAAUCUUAAAAAUUGGGCAAGAAGGUAGCCGAUCGAGUACAAUGUGCAAAGUGUGAAAUCUUUCAGAAUGGCAAAGUAGGAUAUUUUAUAAAAGGUGAGAGGUUAGUAAAUGCUGGCAUUUAGAAGGGUUUAGCAGCUCUUGAACACUAACCAUAGAUGAUUGCCCUGCAGGGUACAGCAAACACCAGGAAGAUCAAUAACAUGCCAGACUUUAUACAAUGUGUUAAAGUACACGAGUAAAUAAAGCUUCUUGUAAUUGUGAGACCACAAUUGAAAUACCAUGUGCAGUUUUGAUUUCCUUACCUAACUUAGGAUACGCUUGUCUUACAGGAUGGAAAACUGAUUCCUGGUAUGAGGGACUAAAGAGAGAUUUAAAAGAAUGUCUUUAUUUCCUGUAAUAUAGAAAAGUAAGAGAUGAUUGCUUAAAAUAUAUAAAAUUCCUACUGUUGAUGCUGAGAGGCUUAUAUCCCCUGGCUGAUGCAUGUAGGCUAAGGGGUUAUAGAUUCAGUACAAGGGGUAGAUGGUUAGGGCUGGGUUAGUCUAGUUUGGAGUUACCUACCCAAGAGAAUUGUGCAUGUUCAGUUGAUGAGGAUAUUCAAGGCUGAGAUUGAUGGACCUUUGGGCAAAAUAUUAUGGGAAUAAGAUGGGAAAAUGGAUCAGGCCAUAAUCUUAUCAAAUGGGGAAACCAUAAGGUCAUCUCUUCCUCCUCUAGCUUUAUGUUAUUUCUGCAUACUUUGGAACAUCUGAACCCCAGCCAAGUGUCAGUAUCUGGUCCACUUCUCACUGAUCAAUAACUGAACACAAUUCUACCAUUGAUUUUUGUCAAUUUAUGUUGAGCCCUUCUAAUUAGAUGGAAGAUGGAGAUUGAGCAGAAUAUUUUAAAACAGCAGCCGUGGCUUUGAUUGAUUUUCCUAUAAACAGUAUUUAUUCCAUUUAUUUAAUUUACAAAGUGUUUGCAUUUAACCUUGUGAGUGUAAGAUGAAUCUCUACAUUUAUCUGUUUCCUCCCCUGUGCAUUGAUGUGAAUGAAGGAUAACUCCAGUCCAAAGGCUUUCAUUUGAUGGGCUUAACAGCCUUGCCAUCAGGCAUCAAUCUGUUUCCAUUCUCUUUCUCUUUAUGUGGUGUGUUGAGAUGCACUGGGGGUGUUUGGAUUUAAAUAUAUGCAAUGUUUUAUAUGAAAAGCAAUGUUCAUAAAACAAAAAGAACAGAAGAAAACUGCGUUGUUUUGAGGAGGAGCCCAGCCUUGUCAAUCAUUUAAUUCACUGCCAUGAAUUAGAAUGAAUUCAGUUGCGUAUGUAAUUAUUGAAGUUUCCUAUCUGAAAUCACACAUGUACACGACUGCUGCUAACCUUGUUCUGGUGGCUUAUAAGAGUAAAAUCAAAGUAAAAUUGUCAACAGAGAGAGGGUACCAAAUUAAUUCUUUCAAACUUAGAUUAUUAUGUCAUUUUGUAAUAGAAAAGAAAGCAAUAGCUUGCACUAAAAUAGCCUCUUUCAUGACUGCAGAAUUUUCCAAAGGGCAUAAUGUAAUUACUAUUGUAAUGUAGGGAAACAUGACAGCCAGUUGGUGCACAUCUGGGUCUGACAGCAGAUUACUUGAAACCAGUUGCUGUAAUUAGUCACCAACUCUAUUACUGGCUCAAUUGCUUAGCACUCUGACCUCCGAAUCAAAUGCUUCAUUCACAUCUCACUCCAGAGACUUGAGAACAAAUAUUUGAGCUCACUCUCCAGCGUAUGACUGAGGGGUGCUGCACUGUCAGAAGUGCUGUCUUUCAAAUGAGACUUUGAACAACCCCAUCUGCUGUCUCGUGUCUGUACAAGAUAGUCCCCAUUGUCUUGUCCAAUACGUAUCACUCAAUCAACAUCACUUAAUGAGAUUAUCUGUGCAUUAUUACAAUGUUUGUCUCUGCACAAAUCGGUUGUGGUGUUUGCACUGGUGACCACACUUCACAGAUACUUCAUUAGUUUUGAGGUGACCCAAAAUAUAUGUGCAAUGUGUUAUAUAAAUGCAAAUCUUUUGAAAUGCAGCACUCCAUCAGGUGUACACUGAAGUCCCAGCCUUUGAUCAAGUCUCUGAGUAAGAAUUGGGCCUCAGAGCUGAGAGUAUGAUCAGUGAGCCAAGGCUGUCACUUAGUAAUUGUGAGUAUAUGUACAUGGGCUGUUCUCUAACGCUCCUGUCUCUCAGUUACGUAUUGAAUAUGUUUUAGGAAUGACUGUGUCUGGAAGCUAUGAAUAAAUAAGACUGCUAAUUUUGUU